AUGUCGUUCUAUUCCGGGGAUCCUGAAUGGGAGGAUGUUGUACCCCUCCCACAGGAUGACGGCGUUCAUCCUCUCGCCCAAAUAGCAUAUACCGAGGAAUAUGCUGAGGCCAUGGCUUAUCUUCGCGCUGUGAUGGCCAAGGACGAAGUCAGCGAAAGGGUGCUCAAAGUUACGGAAGACGUUAUUGAAAUGAACCCCGCGCACUACACAGUGUGGCUUUACAGAGCAAAAACCUUGUUUGCCUUGGGGGGGGACUUGCGUAAGGAACAAGUAUUCCUCAAUGAGAUGGCUUUAAAACACCAAAAGAACUAUCAAAUUUGGCACCACCGUCAGUUGAUCAUGGAAAAGAUUGGCGACGUGACUGGCGAGGCAGAGUUUACGGCAUCUAUGUUUGAGAAGGAUUCAAAAAACUACCACGUUUGGUCUUAUAGACAAUGGCUUGUACGACGAUUUGAUCUAUGGGAGAGUCCUAGUGAAAUCGAAUACAUCGAUAUCUUACUAAAGAAGGAUAUCAGAAACAACUCAGCAUGGAACCAUCGAUUCUUUGUGGUUUUCGGUAGAGAUCAAGACGUCCCUAAAGAAAUUGUUGACCGUGAAAUAAGCAUUUGCGAAGAUGCUAUCUUCAUUGCUCCCCAAAAUCCGAGUCCCUGGAAUUAUUUGCGCGGGGCCUUAAAAAAAGCAAAUCUUUCACUCUCAACAAUUGAGGAGACGUGCCUUCACUAUGCUCCGCUGGAUAACCCCGACAAAAUAAAAUCAUCACAUGCCUUGGACAUUCUGGCUGAUAUCUAUGUGGAGAAGGCGGAAAAGGAACAGGCGGUGAUGGCCCUGGAUCUUUUGGCGAAGAAGUAUGACCCCAUCAGAGCCAAUUAUUGGAAUUACCGAGCUGGGCUCAUAAGGGGGAUAUAA